CUUAUCUAGAACUGGAACCCUCAACGGUUUGAGUCUAUGGAGUUUCAUAUCCUCCCCAUCUUUGCUUUGCUUUCUCAGAUUGUUGUUAUAGGAUGCUCUCAUGCUACUCCUCUGCCACCUCACUUGUAUUGGAAAUCCAUGUUACCCUACACUCCAUUACCGGCCGCUCUUCAACAACUUUUACCAUCUCCGGGAAAAGGAAGCCUCGGUUCUCUGAACAAUAGCAUUAGCAAGAGACUAAUACGACCUCCUAUGUACAAUAGAUUGGAACCUCCUUUCAAUAAGCCACCACCGAAACAUCCUUUCUUUAAAUGGCUAUUUCGUUAUGGUAAGCCGAGCAAAAAUUUGAUCAAAAUAUCCCUUCAAGUAGUGGUGGUGGUGCCGUAUUUUUCUUGUGCAACGAUCUCCAUUCUGGUCAAACAAUGAGACUUGCCUUCUUUGAUACUCAAAAUAAUACCGAUACUGCUCGGUUCUUACCGCGUCAAGUUUCCGAUUCUAUUCCGUUUUCGAGCGACAAAUUACCGGAAAUUUUGAACAUGUUUUCGGUAAAACCUAAAACAGUAGAAGCCGAGACGAUCACGAAUGCACUUGAAGACUGUGAAGUACCCAAGAUUAAGGGUGAAGACAAAUAUUGCGCUACUUCAUUAGAAUCUUUAGUUGAUUUUGUUGUUUCGAAAUUAGGGCACAGGGUUAAAGUUGUUUCCACUGAGAUAAAAACGAAAAAUAGUACGAAGAAAAAACUAGAGAAGUUCAAGAUUUUGGAGGGAAUAAAAAUGAUCGGAGAGAAGCAAGUAGUAUGCCAUAAAUUAGGGUAUGCAUAUGCUGUGUUUAUGUGCCAUACCAUUGAUCCUACACAAGCUUAUAUGGUUCCUUUAAUGGGUUCGGACGGUAGUAAAGUUGACGGUGUGGCGGUUUGUCAUAUGGAUUCAUCAGAUUGGAGCCCUGAACACUAUGUAUUUCAACAGCUUAAGGUUAAGCCUGGAGCUUCUAUUUGUCACUUUCUCAACAGUACGGAUGCCCUUGUUUGGAUCCAAAACUAGUUAGUUCUGUCUACUAGAAAACAUCCUUAUCGUUAAAAGGCCGAAAUCCAAGGCUGAAAUCCGUUGUUAAAUCAGAUUUUUUUCGUCGGUAAAUUGCUGUAUUCUAGUAGCAUAUUAAUUAAUAGAAUCGAUCAAGCUAUCAAGAGAAAAAAAAAUUGAUUGUAUAUAUGUUUUCCCACUACCCAACAUUUAUGAAAUAAUAGAUAUAUGUAUAAUUUCUCCU